AUGGCUUCAAGGCAAUAUACAGCUGACGAUUUACACCUGGCAACACUUAACGAACAAUGGGAUGAAGUAAGACUCAUUAUCAGAGCCGCGCCUGAACUCGUAAAUGAGAAACGGGACAGCGACCCGUUAUUAUAUCUGAUUGUGUACCACAGCGCACCACGUGAUGUCAUCACUAAGAGUUUAAAAUCAGCGACCGUAAAAACAGUGGACUACGUGAACUACUGGGACGUGUUUGGUCGUCGUAAUUGUAUUCUACAUCGCAUUGCGGCAUUCGGCUACGCUCAGCAACUGAGAGAAGCACUCAGGAUUUCUGCACGCAAUGUAAAUAGGGAAGACAGGCUUGGCAAUACUCCACUUCACAUCUUGUUGUUAUUUAACCAUUCGUAUGGAGAUCACAUAGACGCAACUAAUUACUUGAUAAAGGCUGGAGCGAAUGCCAAAUUAAUAAACAAGGAUGGUCAAACUCCAGCUGAAGUGUAUGUGAACAACAAAUGUGAAAAGUAUGAUUCUACCAACAGAGAAAAACAGAAAGAAAUGCUCAUGCGUCUCCUACAAACGGGGAUGGUUCCAACGGAAAUCUUGGCGCGUGGGACCGAAGCAGUGGAAGCUUUUAAUGAUGCUCUAGCUGAGGGAGAAACAGAGGUUAAUCAAGGAAGGACAGUUUUCAUGGGGCUCGAGAGAGUCGGGAAGACAUCUACUAUCAAGUCAUUUUUAAGGAAUACUUUUGAUCCACAUGAGGGUAUUACGGACGCAAUUGCCAACACAAUGGUGUGUACCCAUGAAUCGCACGAUGAAUUGAAUUGGAAGGAAACAUCACCUGAUCAUUCUGACGCCAAUGACAUGUAUGAAGCAAAAAUGGCAGAUUCCAUAGCGAAAAAAAUAUUAGAAAGAGAAACUGAGAAGAAUGUAGAAGCAACAAGACAAAGCGUGUUAUCACCAGCUAAAGCAGAGACGAAAUAUAAUCAGGGACAAUCAUCAUCGAAUGUUGACUCCAGAAACCCGAAAUUAGAAUCGGAUACCAAAGAGCAGACACAGGCACAAUUGAUGGAGGAGGUCCCCAAAACCAUCGCCACUAAAGUCCAGGAGCGAAUAAAAGAACUUGAGUUCACAAGAGGAGAUGCGACGCAAGAAUGGCAAAAAUCUGGCAACGAUUUUAUUAUGAGUAUCUGGGACUUCGGAGGCCAGCCGAUAUGUCAUGUGAUACAACGAAUUUUUAUGGUAUCUUUUGCCAUUGUUUGUGUGGUAUUUAACCUAGAAGAUGAUCUUGACGUCCCCGCUGCAGUCUUUGAUCCAACCACUGGGGAAAAAUAUGAACAUCGGAUGACAAACCUUGGGUUCAUUCUGUACUGGAUUCGUUCAGUAUAUACAAACAGUAGGGAUUUAAAAUUGGAAGAUGGACAACCUUCACCACCAGUACUAGUGAUUGGUACUCACCUAGGCAGCCUCGAGGGAAAUGAAGAGGAAAAGAAAAGAAAGGCCGAAGAAAUAUUCAAUAAAAUUAGGAAAGCAUUGGAAGGGAAACCUUAUGAAAGCAUGGUGUCAAGUUUCUUUGCUAUUGAGAACAGCUUACCGUUUGCCAGGAGCAACGCUUCCAACAUCAUGAACCAAAUAUUAAAGUUCGCAAAGCAGAUGGUUAGAAAACUACCAUUGAAAUGGUUGCGUGUUCAACAGAAAAUUCAGAAGUUGAAGGUGAAGAAUAUCUAUUUACCAACCAAUGAGGUGAUUGCUUUGGUUGAGCGGUGUGGGGUGAAACAAGAUGCUCAAAGGGUGCUGCUUGAGUAUUUACAUGACCUUGGUGAGAUUCUCUACUUUCCUGAUGACGACGCUCUAAAGUACAUCAUCGUUUUAGAUCUGAUGAAAAUAGUCGACAUGUUUAAAACAAUAAUAACCAUUAUUGAGCCUAAACUUAGGAAACCAAAGCACAGAGAAGCCUGGAGGAGGUUGGACUCGGGGAUCUUAGAGGAGCAUCUUUUGAGACACCUCUGGAAGGAGUUCAAUUUUUCAGAUAAGACGUUUGACUUCUUCGUAUCUCUCAUGCAGAAGUUUGGACUGGUGUGCGAAAGAAAGGGUGGUGAACGUAUUUUCUAUGUUCUGUCACGCUUGAAGCCUAAAUGUGUAAAGACAUCGCCCCCGGAUUAUGGGAACCGGGCAGUUUCAAUCUUUCAUGACUUUGGUGGUUAUCUACCUGACGAUCUUUUCCAGCGUGGAGUAACUAAAUUUAUUGAGAAAUUCCAAGUAGAAAACUAUGAACCUAAACUAUCUUAUGAGCAUGUGGAGUUACACAUUGAUCAACAUCACCAAGUGGUUUUGAAUGUAGCUACUGUCAAGCAUCGUCGUAUGUUUAAGACAACUAUCAUCAGACUAAAUAUAAUUAAUCCCACUCAGAUUACCAAGGAAGAUGAACCCUCACCGACAGUGUGUAAGGAGGUGUUGAGUUUCCUGGAAACUGAACUAAAGCCAUUCUGUCAGAGUGGUGCACGAGGCAUUGAAUUAACGAGGUACAUUGCUUGCGAAUGUAGCGAUGUCCACAUGCAUAACGUGCGCAAGUUUGAUAAGGAUGUGCUGCCAUGUGGGAGCAAUGGUCUGGAAGUGACGCGCUACCGUCGACUAUUUGGAGAUGACGUGCCACGAUUGCAAUAUUAUUCACAGUAUCAAGAAAUUGUACAUAUACACAAUGACUUUGUGGAUGACCUCACCAUUACAAAAGUCUCUGAGGAAAUGAAUUUCAGCUGGAGAAGGGUUGGAGUCCGUUUGGGACUUAAGUGGUCGAAAGUGAACAUGUUCAAUUCUAAUGAUACGCAGACUCAAAAGGCUGCCGAAAAUAUGAUGAAUUACUGGAGGAGCAACCUCAGUAGCGAUAUUCAUCAACGUAAAAUGCUGUCCACUGCCCUGAAACAACAUAAGCUCAGGAAACUAGCUGAAGAAUUGUUUGAGGGAGAAAUUGGCGAUGAAAAUAUUGACACUCAGGAAGGAGGAAAAUGUUUUAAUGAUCAAGAUUUGCUAUUCAUCUGUGACAAACUGGAUCCCGAAUCAUGGAGAAGACUGGGAGUGCGUCUUAACCUCAAGUGGAGCGAUAUUAAAAAAAUAGCAAACAACAACAGACAGGUAGAGGACCGCAUCAUGGAAUUGCUCGUUACUUGGAGGGAUUUCCAAACAAAAAACCAAGUACCAAUCAUGGUAAAAGCUUUGAGACAACUGCAGCUUGUUGGACUAGCACGAGAUGUAUCUGAAAGGCAUGGCUACAGUGAUGAGUCAGAAGUUGCACAAACUCAGACAAAUAAGAAAAAUCAAACACUAGAGCAUGGUUGCUUAGAUGAUAUUGACAUGUUGAUUAUCUCUGAGAGUCUUGAUAAUGACUGGAAGGAUUUUGGGAUUUACUUAGGUUUGAAAAGAUCUGAAAUAAAUCGAAUUCAGUCAGACUUUACACCACCAACUGUAGACGCCUCUAUUGAAAUGUUGGUACAGUGGCGAGAAAGACAGAAAGCUGAAGUAAAUCAUCUCGAAACAAUUAGUGAAGCACUGAACAAACUUGAACGAAUAGAUAUCAAGGAAGAACUUGAGUCAUACUACCAGAACAAAUACGGAAAAAUUGAAGCAAAGGUGUAAAGCAACAUUUUAAACAUGAUAACAGUGCAAUAAAAAAUAACACCAGAAUAUAAUUUUACCGUGGUUACAUACACCAUAGUCCACAUUAAGUUACUUUUUAAUCAAGAAAUUAUAUUUUGCUCGCCUUUUGAUCAUCCAAACUGCACACUUUUGAUGCUGUCAUCCAGGACUGUAGAUAUUGAAUACAAAAUAUACUGAAAACAUUAGUUUCAACUUUUUCUUUGGAUAAUUAUGUAUAUAUAAACCGAAAGGUCCACUGAUUAAUCUCAUAUAAGAAAG